AUGGCACCUAUCGCUACUACCACUCAGGAUAUCGCAGCCGAUACCAUUCAAUCUGUGAAAACAGCUUUAUCGGCAUCAACAGCAACUCCAAAGAUAACAACUUCUCACCCGCUUGACCCUUUAUCGGGAGAUGAGAUCAAAGCUGCAGUCGAGGUCAUCAAAAGUCAUGUCCAACAAGUCGACUCAGAAGCUAAAAUCUGGUUCAAGCAUGUAACACUACAUGAACCUCACAAAGUUGAGCUGGUGAAAUACCUCUUGGCUACUAGAGAGAGAUCUGCGACAAAGGAUCUACCAAGGGAAGCAGCAGCGUUAAUCUCUCGAACCACAUCUGGCGGAGUGAAGUACUACGAGUACAUCGUCUCGCUCGAAUCAGACUCCGUCGUGUCGUGCCAGGUAGUUUCGGAUUUGGACCAUGCUCCGUUAGAUGCAGAUGAGAUGGUUGCUGCCGAAGAGGCCUUGCUACAAGAUCCAGAAUUUGCAAAAGUGGUAGAGAAGUUGAGAUUACCUGAAGGAGCUGUUGUCGUUGCUGAUUCUUGGCCUUAUGGAUGCGAUACAGUCGAUGAACUACCUAGACUUAUCCCAAUGAUGACAUACUAUCGAACAUCCUCUGAUCUCGAUAGCAACCACUACGCCACUCCCCUUCCUCUCAUUCCAGUGAUGAAUCCAGCAACUAUGAAACUCCAUUCUGUCGAGUACACUCCCAUAUAUGGAGGGGAAUCAACCGAGACCAUCGAAUCUUUGUGGUCUAAAGGCGAGAAUUUCCCAUGGGAAAAACAUCAGCCUCACGAAUACAAACACGAUCUACAAGCUACUAUCAGAGGAGGAUUGGAAUCAUUAGAAGUGGUACAGAAGAAUGGACCGAGUUUUAAAGUUGAUGGAAGGAAGGUUGAAUGGCAGAAAUGGGAAUUUGUAGUUGGAUUCAACUACAGGGAAGGCCUUACCUUACAUGAUAUCAGAUAUGACGGGAGGGAUCUGUUCCAUAGAUUAUCAAUCUCUGAUAUGACUGUACCAUAUGGAGAUCCUCGUACUCCAUACCACCGUAAACAAGCUUUCGACUUGGGUGAUGUCGGUGCUGGAGUAUGCGCCAACCAACUUGACCUCGGCUGUGACUGCCUGGGAUCCAUCCAUUACUUCUCUGCUGAUAUGGUCACCUCCAAAGGAGAUGUCAAGAGGAUGAACAACGUUGUGUGCCUUCACGAGCAAGAUGAAGGUAUAGGAUGGAAACACACCAACUUCCGGACUGGUAAAGCAUCCGUUACCAGAAGUCGGGUCUUGGUCAUUCAGAUGAUAAUUACAGUCGCGAAUUACGAGUAUAUCUUCGCAUGGAAACUUGAUCAAGCAGCCAACAUCCAUCUUGAAACUCGAGCUACAGGUAUCUUAUCCACUGUAGCUAUCAUGCCAGGAGAGACCAGUCCAUACGGUACUAUCGUUAAUCCCGGUGUACUGGCCCCCAAUCACCAACAUAUCUUCUCGGUCCGGAUGGACCCUGCCAUCGGCGGAUUGGGAGAGGGAAAUACGGUCGUUCAGGAGGAUUCGGUCCCUAUGGCUUAUGAUCCUAGGAGCCCUCCGAAGAACAAUCCGUGGGGUGUGGGAUACACUGUCGAGAAAACACCCAUGGAGAAAAGUGGGUUCGUAGAUGCUGCACCACACAAGAACAGGGUAUUCAAGAUUAUCAAUCCCAAUAAAACGAAUCCUGUCAGUGGAAGAAAUAUCGGAUACAAGCUUGUACCCCAACCUUCACAACUCAUGUUAUCUCACCCUGAGAGUGUAGGAUUCGCAAGAGCGGAAUUUGCUGAUCAUCAUAUCUGGGUCACCAAGUACAAAGAUGGAGAACUGUUCUCAGGUGGUCAAUAUACCAACCAAAGUUCAGGUAAUGCAAGAGGUAUCAAAUCUUGGGUUGCGAGACAAGAUAAUGUUGCAAAUGACGACUUGGUACUCUGGCACACAUUCGGUUUGACACACAAUACCCGAGUCGAAGACUUCCCCGUCAUGCCUUGUGAAACUCAGACAAUCUCUCUCAAACCGGUUGACUUCUUCACUGCUUCUCCUGCGAUCGACGUGCCACCAAGUACACAAGCUUUCAAUAAGAGUACUUUGGUCAACGGCUCAUGUGGUUCUUGCCAUUAA